AUGAUCAAAGUAUGGGAGCAAGCCCACAUCCGAGAGGGACCUCUAUUGCGCAUUCAACUGGUAGACAACGAGUCAGGACAUAAAGCAUUAGGGCGUCCUCUAGCGGUCGGGGAGGUCAACAAACUCUUCGGAUUCCACAACUGUGAUGCUCUGGACACGACCAACUCAUCCAGUGUUAUGAAAUGGGCGAGGAGACAAAUCGAUGGUUGUAUUAGCGACCACAAAAGAUGCGGGACUAACUUCAUGGAUCAAAGCCUGCGAGGCUUCCGUCCCACGCGGCUCAUUGACGUUGGGGAAAAUGGCGAUCCAGACGUUCGCCUCGUCGUGACCUCGGAAUUGCCAACGCCGGGAAUCGUUCAAGAGUACGCUGCGUUGAGCUACUGCUGGGGCAACUCAACAAAAACACUUCUCCUUCAACAGAACAUCGACGACAUGACGAAGCCCACUGCUUUCUCCACAUGGGACAAGAACUACCAGCACGCCAUCAAAAUCACGAGGGAGCUGGGAAUCCGAUAUCUGUGGAUCGACGCUCUAUGCAUCAUUCAGCACCAGGAAAGCCAAGAAGACUGGCUGAAGGAAGCUCCAACCAUGGGUCUCGUCUACGCAAACGCGACGUGUGUAUUAUCAGCAACAGCCUCCACAGACUCGCAAGGCGGCUGCUUCUUUCCGAAGAUGUCCCUCGCGGGCGGUUGCCACCUGGGCCGGCAAGGAGGCACCUCGCUAGAUGUUUUCCCGUCAAUGAGAUAUGACAUGAUCAUGGCCGACCUGUUCAAGGACAAGGUUGAGUCGGCACGGCUGACCACGCGGGCAUGGACAUUUCAGGAGCGCAUACUCGCGAGCCGGAUUCUGCACUUUUGCGAAGGCCUCGUCCUAUUCGAAUGCAAUGAGAUGCAAGCCUCAAGCAGUCAUGGCUUUGGCCAGCCAUAUCCCAAGAAGACGCAUUUCCGCUUGGACGGUAAAAUGCAAGUCCCGCUCGGCCCGAGAAGGCCUCCUCGACCCUCCCUACCCUCCUUUCGCGUUCCGAGGUUUGAGAUUCCGGACAUGCUAGGUCAAAGCAUACUCACAUGGGAGAACGAGAUAGAUUGGGACGCCGUGAUGAGGACGCGAACCGAAGUAUCCAGGCUCUUGGGCGAUACCGGCACAGUGCCCUGGUGGCCAGUACAGGAUCGCGGCGGUAUACGUGCCAACGGAAACGUUUUGCGUUGGAACUCCAGCUUCUCCCUGAACGUGCUUGAAUUCCUGGACUUCUCCGACUUACUCAGUGUCUUCAGAGACUUCAAAGCCUACCAAGAGUAUUUCUUGUGGAGGACUUGGCGAGGCGAGAUGAUCGAGUCGGCUCGGAUGGGCAUGCGUGGUGCCUUUGAAACGCUCGUGCACUUCAAGGGCGCGUCAAUAGAAGAGAAGAUCGAGUUCCACAGUUGCUGGUAUGAGAUUGUCGAGAACUACUCUCAGCGCAACCUAACCAACCACACGGACAAGCUCGUGGCCAUCCAAGGGCUGGCAAGAUUCGUCCCAUGCCACUUCGUCGCGGGGCUUUGGAAGGAGGCGUUCGCUCUCAAUCUGCUCUGGAUGCUUAAUAGAUCAAGCCAGCCCAAAGGGAGGCCCAGGCGCGAUAUUCCCACCUGGUCCUGGGCUUCGGUUGACGGGCCCAUCUCGCACUGGCUGCGUGUACGAGUAUCCUCAAACUCGGCUAAUAGGGGCAUUUGGAAAGACCUCUGCCUGUAUGUGACUACUCUGUCAGAGCCGACUCCAGAAGCUGCCCGAACUGUCGUUUUGUAUCAUCAGAUACCGCUGUUCAAUCUCGACACCUCUAAGGCGACCUUUUAUCCCGACAUCACAAUGUCUGAUGAGAGCCAUGCGGGACUUUCCUGCCUCGCUGUCUUAUCAUUUAGGAAUCCCCAUGUUGAUCCCUACAUUGCUGAUCGACAACUCCAUGGCAUUGUGGUGCGGGCAGUCGUGGGCUCGGUGCAGAGGUACGAAAGAGUUGGCUACUUCCGGAUGCUGGACCAAGCCGCAGUUGAGGAUGCACUGCAACGUCUGCGCCAUGACCCUCUCCAGAUUGUACUUGUUUGA